AUGUUCAGGAGAAGGAAUGUUCAACAACUUGAGGAUGAUGAUUCUCAGAAAGAUAAUAAGGUUAGCGAAUUGAAAUCCGCGAUAGGACCACUCUCGGGACAUAGUUUAGUUUUCUGUUCUGAUGCUACAUUGAGGAGAUAUUUGGAUGCUCGUAAUUGGAAUGUCGAAAAAGCCAAGCUAAUGCUUGAAGAGACUCUUAAAUGGAGAUCAACAUACAAACCUCAUGAGAUCCGUUGGCAUGAAAUAGCACAUGAAGGUGAGACCGGAAAGGUUUCAAGAGCUAGCUUUCAUGAUCGACAAGGUAGGACUGUGCUUAUAAUGAGACCCGCAUUGCAGAACACAACAUCAGCAGAAGGUAAUAUCAAGCAUUUGGUCUAUCUUCUUGAAAAUGCAAUCAUCAAUCUUCCCAAGGGACAAGAACAAAUGUCUUGGCUCAUAGAUUUCACUGGUUGGUCCAUGGCUAAUAGUGCUCCCAUGAAAACAACACGCGAGAUUGUCUACAUUCUUCAAAAUCAUUACCCCGAGAGACUCGCUCUCUCCUUUCUCUACAAUCCACCAAGGCUCUUCCAAGCAGUCUACAGGGCUGUGAAGUACUUCUUGGAUCCAACAACAGCUCAAAAAGUAAACUUUGUUUACCCGAAAGAAAAAACAAGUGAUGAACUGAUGAAAUCACACUUUGAUUUGGAGAAUCUCCCCAAGGAAUUCGGAGGAAAAACAACACUAGAGUACGAUCACGAGGAUUUCUCAAGACAAAUGUUUGAAGACGAUAUCAAAACCGCAAAGUUCUGGGGAUUAGAGGAGAAACAGUAUCCGAAAACAAACGGUUUUCCUGCAUCCAAUGUUGUUCCUGAGCCCGUAGCUUCUCUUGCAUCAGCAGCUAGCUGA